AUGAUCAGAGAAUGGGAGAAUGGCUGUCAGAAGAUGGGAAAACAGAAAGCCCAAGAAAGGAAGGUUGCAGAUGGAAUGUGGAGGAAGGAUGGAGGGCCAGUCAGGAUAUAUAACACGAGUGACUCCUUCUGGGAGAAAGACUCCCUGUGCUGUCAACGGAAUCUGUGUUCUGCUUCACCCCUGGAGAUAUGGACCAAAUUCUACAAAUCAGAUCCGCGCAUUGCCCUCGGGAAAUACUCCCCCCUGGAAAAAGAGAUCCUACGUCUGGGUGGUGUUCACACGGUAGCAGCAAGAAAACUUCUGACUUACAAGCAAGAGGAAGAAUGGAAAAUGCUCAAGGAGCUCCAAUCACUGUCUUCCAACUACAAGCGGGCGAUGGAAUAUAGAACACAGCAUUCCCCUCCCUGUGCCACCUAUAGGCCCCUAGAGAAAAUAUGGACAGCAAAGGUGAUCGUGCCCUCAGAGGAGUUCAGAAUGCCACAACGUGAGAAGCUCACCAUCAUGAAGCACAUAGAACGGAUGCAGCUUGCUCGAGCCCUAAGAAAUAAGCAGCUCUUGCCCUACAUCGAGAGGUUUCGGGGCUCUUCAUUUCUACCUAGAGGAGGCCUGUGCCCAAUGGCAAAAGACAAGACCGGGGAAGACGAGGACGAUGAGGCUGAUUUCUCUGAUGACGCCAAGCAAGAGGAGAGAGGCAAGGCAGAGAAAAGACAAGAGAUAAACAUGAAAGUAAUUUUCAAGUCAGAAGAGCCAAAAAAGUGUUUCAUACAACAUCCGAACGAUCGGAAACCAUUCUUCCCCACAAAGAAAGCAGAACGGUCCAUCACUGGCUUAACCAACCGGAAUCUUCUCCACUUGGCUGAAUUCCCUGGUGACCUAAUGCUAAUGAAUCAGGAUUUUAUAUCACGGGGAGUCUUCCCCACCGAGGUGACAAAGGCCAGCCUCCUGGGGGAAGAGAGCGUCUGGAAAGAGUACACGCCUAAAGCUGCCUCUCACCAGUAUUAA